AUGGAUAUCGACGAUGGAUCUGAUAUGCCUGAGUUCAUCGAAACGCUCCAACGCCAGAAAGAAAACCUCCGCCGAGCCCAAGCUCAAAAAGGCAAAAAGCCAGAGUUCAUGAUUCCUAGGUUCCUCCUCGUUGCCCAGUUCCGGCACCAGAAUAUGGCGCAGCAACAAAAGUAUUCUAAUGGCCAAUGCCAUUUCAAAACCUCCUUCCUUCCUGCCGCCUACCCGCCCAGCACCGAAUCUCUCGACAAGCUCAAGAAAGUGAUGAUUAAGGAUCUAUGUCUUGAGCUCCACCAUGAGGGUACCUUCUUGGUCGUGAGAUCCAUUACUCCGCCAAACAGGCUGACAGGCAUCUUAACUGCCAUCGAAGACGAGAACGAUCACGUUGUCACGCUCCAACUGUACAAUCAAGAGGAGGAAACAGAGCGUCCGGCAGAUGAGCUCAUAGGGGAAGGGACGGUCGUGAUGCUCAAGAACCCUUAUCUCAAGACAACAUCGGAUGGCAGCUAUGGCCUUCGUGUGGACCACCUUUCUGACAUUGUCCGCCUAGAAAGACAUGACGAGCGUGUCCCGUCAAAAUGGAGAAUCAACCUCUACGAUGACAACAAGAACGCGCUGUUUUGGAAGAACCUGGGAAACGAAUUCUUUGGGAACGCCCAAUACAGGGCGGCUAUCGAGAGGUAUACCGAGGCGCUCAAGUACGGUCCGACCGAGGACGAAGAGCGCAUCAUCAAGCUCAAUCGCUCCAUGGCCUUCCUAAAGACUCAGCAAUUUGAGGCUGCGCUCUCUGAUGUUGAGUCGGCACCCAACGGACCCAACUUGGUUGAGAAAGCUCUUGAUCGCAAGGCCCAGGCCCUAUAUGGUCUCGGAAAGUAUCGAGAAUGCUCUCUUGUGCUCAAAGAGAUGAGCCAAAAAUUUGCAGGAAAUACCUCUGUCCACCAGCGUCUAGCCCAUACCAUCGACCGCAUCAAAGAGCAAGAGCGCGGCCUGUAUGACUUUGCGGGAAUGCAGCGCGACGCCUCAGCCAAACGUCCACCGCAUCUAGAUUUUGCCACCUAUGUUGGGCCAGUGGAAGUACGUCCGUCAGGUUCAAAAGGACGCGGCCUCUUCACAACGAAAGCUGUCAAAGCAGGCGAGUUGUUGUUGUGCGAGAAGGCAUUUGCUCAUGCUUUUGUUGAUACGGACAACGAGAAGCAAGAUCUCACGGUUCUCAUCGAUGCUGAGAGAGAUUUAAUCACGGUCGGAGGCCAGACUGAGCUCAUUCGGCUCGUGGCUCAGAAACUAUACCAUAAUCCAUCGAUGGCUGGCACCAUCACUGGGCUACAUCACGGCUCGUACCAGGCUGUCAAUGUAUCUGAAGUGGAUGGCAUCCCAAUCGUCGACACAUUUCUCAUCUCCCGUAUUAUUGGACUUAAUUGUUUUGGCUGCCCUCUUUCAACUCUUGAUUCAAUGACAAGAGCAGGGCCAAGUAUUGAUGAAAAGGUCCAUCACUCGUGUGGGCUUUGGCCAAUGGCUUCGUACAUCAACCACUCCUGCGACCAAAACAUCGCUCGAGCCUUCAUCGGCGAUUUCAUGGUCGUUCGCGCAACUCGGGACAUUGAUAGCGGCAGCGAGCUCAAAUGGCGGUACUACCAAACAGGUCAGGACAACAAGAAGCGCGCUGACAAGCACUGGGGGUUUCAGUGUGACUGUGUCAUAUGCACAGAUGAUCAAGCCACUUCCUCUAAGAUGCUAGCUGAGAGAAGGCGACUUGUGAAGACUUUACUGGCACAGGGCAGCGCAGUACGACCUGGGAAGAUUGAAUCCAUGCUGGCAAAAAUGAAGCUCACAUACCGCAAGCCAGCCUCGGAGGUGCCGCGGAUGAACAUAUAUAACUUCCAGGUUCGUCUAGCCAUCAGAUAUCUUGAGAAUAACCAGCCCGACAAAGCGGUUGAGCGGGGUUUGGAAGCUCUUGGCUCUCUGGGUUUUGUCAUUGAGGGAGCAGCUAUGCCCAAGCCUGGCACUUCGAACGGAACGAUCUUGAUCAAGCAAUGGGGGGUAGAUUGUGACAUUUUCAAAUGCUGGCGGGUGCUCUCAAACGCGUACGGUAUGCUCGGAGCCUUUGGCCUUGAGUCCCAAGCAGAGCACUUUGGCAAGAUCUCUUACAAAGCUUGUAUGGGAGAAGAUUCCUCUUUCGACAGUCAUAAAUGA